UUAGCAUUCUCUCCUGUUCUCAAGGACAUAGUUCGCUUCAGCUCUUUCAGCUCUUUUAGCUUCUGUCCCGGUGUGUCUCUGAUAACCGGCAGCAUCAGGAACACUGAAACAUCUCCACUACUCAUCGGUGUUCAAGAAACACACCAUCACUCUCCACUACAGAUGAUCUAAAGUGAAGCAUGAUGAAGCACACACGCAGUUGGUGCCAGGCUAAUUUUACUCCCUCAGUACCUGUUGGCGGAGUCAAACCCAGCAACUCACACUCCCUCCAAAUCAGAAGAGCUCUCCUGCUCAAAAGAGCCAACGGCCAAGACGCCCAGGGCCCACCAGGGAAGAGCCAGCCGAGCCAGCGUACGAAUGACUUCAAUGGUGCCAAAGUGACCAUGUCCCCAACUAUUGUCAUCCAGCGGCAGGAAAUGGCAUCGUUCUUCAGACUUUUUGAUGAUGAUGUGAUCCAUGACUUUCUGUGGAUGGACUGUUGCUGUAAAAUGACUGACAAGUACCUUCUAGCCAUGACCUUUGUGUACUUCAAAAGGGCGUGCUUCACUAUUCCCGAAUACACCAGGAAGAAUUUUUUCGUUGCACUGUAUCUCGCCAACACCAUGGAGGAGGAUGAGGAGGAGAGUAAGUACGAGAUAUUUCCGUGGGCCCUGGGCAAGAACUGGAGGAAGCAGUUUCCCCGCUUCCUCAAGCAGCGAGACAAGCUGUGGGCUCGCGUCGAGUACAGAGCUGCCGUCAGCAGGCGUUGCUGCGAAGAGGUGAUGGCCAUCGUGUCCUCUCACUCCGUGUGGCAGCGAGAGCGUUCGGAACACCACAGCGGCGCCCAGCGGCAGUACGAACACCGAGACCACACUCGUAUUCCCCGCGGGCCCUCGGCCUCCCCCGUCUCCUGUGCCCUCUGUAACCGUGGCGCCGGGGUAGAUCGAGGCCAGGGCUCCUCUUCUCCCUCCAGAGGCUCUUCUGCGCAGACCCCAAACCCUGCCUUUCCUCACCCAUUCACCUCCACACUGAGUUUGGAGGUCACCCCACCCAGGGCCGCAGCCUCCCGCAGGAAGGCGGCAGAGACGAAAAUCCAGGCACAACAUUCCUUCUGCUGCUGUGCCGAGGAGGUUCCCAAGAACAAGUCUUCCUGCAGGUCCACAUAUGACACCUCCAUGGACUGGAUCAGCGAGGAGUAGAGCGUCACACCACCACCUCAGCAGUUCUGACCCAGCUGUUCUGUGCAUCGCUGUCUCUCCUCUUUAAUACAACUUUUACUCUGAAGUAAAAGGUCUGAAUCACAAGUGUAACUCACGAGUUUGUGUUUACCUCUUUUAAAUGCAAAUGUGGUACCGAUUCAACAGAACAAAGUUUACCAUUUACUGUCAUUCCAUACGUCAUACUCUGAUGGAAACAUGCCGAAACAGACUGAUAUGACUCACCAAAGAGUGUUGUAAAGAUGUGUUUAACCUGCACUGAGUUCUUGGUUUUUAUUUAUAUAUUUAUUUAUUACUGUACUGUACUGAAGCACUUCUGGGAUUUUUUUGAUCACCAUUUAUUUAUUCACGGAUGUUAAAUGAAAUGAAAAAAAUUGAGUUUGACAUUUUUCAAUCAAAGUUUAGCCACUGAUACGUGUCCUUAACGCAGGAUUUGAUGCAUUUUCACACACUGGGAUUCUACUGGGCAUUGUUUUUAGUAUUGUUGCCAAAGUGCCGGUUUAAUGAUCCAACACUGCCUCUUGAGUUUUGAAUAAAGGCUUGAAUUUAAA